AUGCCAAAAGCGGCCUCUGCAGAGGGUCUCAAGCGCAAGAGGUCUUCCUCAACUCAUGAGAAGCCCACCACUGAGCGACGAAAGAGAGCGUCGUCAGCAUCCAGCAAUGAAUCCGAAGAUGCCAGCGCGAAAAUUCUAUCAAUGGAAGAAGGGAUUCUCGAGUCACGGAAGAACUAUAACGACCUCACCAUUCUGCUCAGUACUGCAAAUGACUUUAAGAAUGGGGGCCAAGAGAGCAUGCUCUCUACAGUUGUCUUGUGUCGAAUCUUUAUCCGAUUACUCACUCAAGGCUCCUUGAUCGCCAAGAAGACUCUAUCUGAGAAAGACCUUUUUAUUGUGGGAUGGCUGAAGGAGCGGUAUGCCGAGUUCAAGAAAAUACUGGUUACUAUUCUACAGGAUGAAGAGUUGGCGACCCCAGCAUUGACCUUGUGCAUGAAAACACUCAAGGCAGAGGGCGAGUUCCUUUAUGACAAGGACGAGUACACAUUCCCUCGAGCUUUCCUUCGAGAGAUCGUUUCCUCAUUAUUCGAGAGCGAAAAUGAAGAUGUGAUCAAGGCAUAUGUGGAAGAGUAUGUGGAGCAAUACGACGAUAUCCGUUACUUUACCUUCGAUGCAGUCAAGCACACUGUGGAGAAACAAGAAGGCAAUGCUUCGCCAGAGCUCUUUGAUCGAUGCUUUGCGCUCUUGUCAGCUUUGGACGGUGUCCCUGAAUCUGCCGAUCAGCUUGAAGAUUUCUUCGUUCCCAAACCAAAGAAAAAGACACAUAAUCUACGAAACGUCAAUCAGCACAAGAAACAAGCUCAGGAGGCAUGGCUAUCUCUCAUGACCCUCGUUGAGGAAAAGGACCAGCGAAAGCAAAUUCUCAACGUCAUCUCGACCGUGAUUGCUCCUUGGUUCACAAAACCUGAGUUACUUUCGGACUUUUUGACAAAUUGCUACGAUUCGGGCGGUUCGAUGUCUCUUUUGGCUCUGUCCGGUGUCUUUUACUUGAUUUCGGAACGCAACCUGGACUAUCCCUCAUUCUAUACCAAGCUCUACUCUCUCCUCGACCGCGACAUUCUUCACUCCAAGCAUCGAUCCCGAUUCUUCCGUCUUCUAGACACAUUUCUGGCUUCGACACAUCUACCAGCAGCCAUGGUGGCCAGCUUCAUCAAGCGCCUUGCUCGUCUUGCGCUCAACGCACCCCCUGGAGCUAUCGUUUUCGUGACUCCCUGGAUCUACAACCUGCUCAAACGUCACCCAACAUGCACAUUUAUGAUUCAUCGAGAGGUCCAAGAUCCAGAGGUGAAGAAGCAAAUUGAGGAGCACGGUGUUGAUGACCCUUUCCUCUCCGAAGAGGCGGACCCUAUGCAAACAGAUGCGAUAGAAAGCUGCCUUUGGGAGCUUGUUCAACUUCAAUCGCAUUAUCAUCCUAACGUUGCAACUAUCACCAAGAUCAUAUCGGAGCAGUUCACGAAGCAAUCUUACAACAUCGAAGAUUUCCUAGACCAUUCCUAUGCCACUCUCCUCGAAGCCGAGAUGACAAAGGAUGUAAAGAAGGCACCUGUUAUCGAGUUCCACAUCCCUAAAAAGGUCUUCACGCCAAAUGGCGGGGAGGCUGAGGCCGAACCAGAUAGCCUCCUAGUUAAAUUGUGGGACUUUGGCAACUGA